AUGUAUCUAACAUCAACUACUCCCGGAUUUGAUCCAACAUCGGCCAGCUCGAUAUCAAGCAAAUCGUCCAUCGAUUCUCAGCCCGCUCAAGAGAUAGACAUCCACAAGUUUGCCGAAUCCUGGCGAGUUGGCGGCAAAAAAGCUUGUUCGUCGAUUCCUCGGUUUCCACAAAAGCCUCAGCAAGGGAAGAAGACUUCUGUGAAUAAGCAGAAGAAAAAUAAACAACAGGGGAAUGGUAAGAAUAAAUCCAAGCAAGAUUUGUCAAAUGAUUACUUUUGGUAUCAGGAUUUUAAAUGUGACAAGAGGAUGAGGAAGCAGGCUAAUUUGCAGUGCAGAUUGUUAAAGGAUAGCGAGUUAUUUGGAGGUUGCGACAGCCGUCUGAAUCCCCAGAACUUCAUCUCCGCCUGCACCCAAGACGUCUGCGAGUGCCAAGCCCGCCUAGACUCUCACACCCUUGAACUCAGCAGAGUAACUCGAUCCCAUCUGGACAACCCUUCAUCCGACGACAACUUCAGCAUCUCCGACGAAGAAAUCAGCACACCAACAUCACCAUUCACCAUUAACCAAGGUACAAGUGACAGAACAAUAUUGACUGAGUCAAUACUCAAAAACAGUUUCAAACUACUCACCGACGACAGCUCCACUGUCAGGACUGUCAACAGACGUCUGUUUACCAACGAUGAUGACAUCGUCACCAAACGCGUUACAACCCAUGGUGGUAUAUUUACAAGUGGAGAUAUUUUGAGGGAUUUUAUGAGAUCCAGGAAGAACAGUGAUGUGAAUGAUUGGCAUGUGGGUAGACAGCAGAGUGACAGGGAUUUUAAGAUGUCCACUGUUAUUGUUGGUUGUCAUUGUGCAGCUUUUAUGGCAUAUGCCAGGUCUUGUGCCAGGUUGGGAGCAGCACCUGCUGUACAGUGGAAGAACAUCACGGGAUGCGAGAGGAAGGACAGCAGUGUGGUGCAGCAUGAACUACAAAUGGACAGGUGGCACAAAAACCAACAGCGGAGACGCAAACUGCAGCCUUAUGCAACGUUGGUGACACCUAAUGGCCGUACUGCCCAACAUGACAGACGUGUCAUGCAAUCGUCUUAUGAGCCCAGAGAUGUUUCACUUCAAAUGGCUUAUGAACUUGCUUUGAGGGAGCACUUGCUGCCUAGCGAAGGGGCAGGUAAGAGGCGGAAGCACCCUCCUCCGGGACUCUAUUAA